AUGAUUAGUGACUGUAAUGAGCCUAUAAUAUACUUUGUAUGUCUCAUCUCUCUCUUUCAGAAAAAGACAAAGUACUCAGCAACCCGCAGGUUACUGCUGAAGCAAAAGCUACUGAAGAAAGCUGGGGUCUUGCUGGUCCAGGAGCAAAGCAACAAGGUGACAGAGAGGGAGAGCACCUUGAGCGAGAGAGUACCACCGCUGAAACUCUCUGGCCUAUCUGUGCAAGAGCUUCAGGAGCUCUGUAAGGAACUGCACAGGAAAUGUGACACGGUGGAUGAGGCACGAUAUGAUAUCGAAGCAAAAGUGCUCAAGAAUGAGAAAGAGCUCGCGGACCUGAAUGCAAAGAUCAACGAGCUGAAGGGGGGGAAGCGACCUAACCUCAAGAGGGUCAAGAAGUCUGCCGACGCUAUGCUGGGGGCUCUGACUGAGGCCAAACUCAGCUCCAAGUCAGACUUUAAGUCCAACCUGAAGACAGUCAAGAAAGACAAGAAGGAAGAGGAGAAAGUGGACCCGGGUGACUGGCGUAAGAAUGUGGAGUCCAUGUCUGGAAUGGAGGGCAGAAAGAAGCUUUUCAAUAGCUAAAACAGUUACAAAUGCACUGGCUCUGUAGAGAUCUGUGGCUGCAUUACCUGGUUGUUUACUCAUUCAUAUUUAUGGUUUUCAUGAAAAUAUAUUUUUGCAGUGAGAUUGUGUGUUUUUGGAGGAAAGUAUGAAGUGUGGGAACUAUGGGAACUAUUUAGACAGUGGGAACUAAUCAAUAUAAUCAAUGUAAUUAAAAACUAGUUAGUGUCGGCUACUUUCGAUAAUUAUGUUUCGAUGUCAUGUUUGAUUUAGAUUCCUAUAAAGAGAAAAUAGACAAUGUGGAACAACGUUAUAUGCUCAUCAUAUUAGUUCAUUUUGUAAAUAUUCAAUUCCAGUUUGUUAUUAAA